AUGGGUGUUACUGAGGAAACUUUUGUUGCUUGGUCCUGCACAGAAGUUGGUGGGACCACAUGUGUUGCUGGGGCCUCACAUGUUGCUGGCAUUAGGGUCGUUUCGUAAUGUGGUGUGUUGGAGGUUUGUUCUAAACCAAAUGAUGGAAAGAAAAAAAUAUGUCAUAGGGUUGUCACAAACCACAAAAACUUUCCUUAGUGCCCACAGUAAAACUCACAUCUGUCACUGUAAACCACAGAUGAGGUUAUUUAAAGCCAGCGCUUUUCGCUACUAGUGGGCUAUAACAUAUAGCCUAGCAGUAGCUCAGCCAAUCAGAACGCAGCAUUGAUAAUAGACCACUAGUUGUAUUUUACUGAUAACCCUUAUGUAACGACUACUAACCCGUUUAAUUCUUUUAUUCCACUGUAACUUUUGAAACUAUGUGUAACAGGUUAUAACCCCUGUUGAUAAUUUGAAUCUUAAUAACAUGUAUGGGGGCUACAUAUACGGUGCAAUUAUAUCACAGCAUUGUUUGUUUUUUUAAUCGACUCAUGCUAUGUAUUUGUUUCACCGUGUAUUUACGUGUUCACACCUGAGUAGUGAAAUUUGGACAUCAAACCCUUCCACUAUUUAAAUAACCUAUUCAAGUGACAUUCACAUGCCCAUCCAAGUACGAUAUUGAGGUCUCUGUAGUCUCCGUGGUAUUUUCUAUUAUUUAUUUAUUUUUUUUUAUUUUAUUUUUUUUUUUGUUUUUGUUCAUUGAAAACCACAGGGCCACCAGCAUUUUUUGCUGUGAAACCAGGGAAG